AUGCCUCCCUCGUUUCUCGUUGGCAGUUCCUGCUUCACGGCCUCUGACCUGGAGGAGCUCCGGGCCCGUAUUGGCAAGGCCGCCGAUGCUCCCGUGAAGCAGCUCCAGGGCGACUGGUUCUACUAUCUGGACCUCAAGAACAACUCUGACGCCGUUUUUGACAAGAUCAAUGAGCUUUUGCAGGAUUUCGGCAACCAACAGCCGCCUCUCGAUGAAACAAACGCCAAUAUACUCACGCUCUACAUUACCCCGCGUUACAUCUCCCCAUGGAGCUCCAAGGCCACCAGCAUCGCCCACGUCUGUGGUUUGCGCGAUGGUGUCAAUCGUAUUGAGCGCGGAAAGCGUGUCAUGAUUGAAUUCGGCCAGCCUGCCACCGAACAGCAGAUUACUGCCUUCCGCGACAUCCUCCACGACCGAAUGACCGAAAUCUUCGACCGCACCCAACCCGACAAUGCGAUCAUGUUUGCUGAAGGCUCGCCCUCGCCUCUUGUUGUUGUCGACAUCUUUGGUGAUGGCAAGGAUCCUCUUACAGUCCUGGCCGACUACAACAAGACCAAGGGCCUUAGUCUCGACCAAUCCGAGAUGGAAUAUCUGGUCGGCGUUUUCAAGAAGCUUGGCCGCUCGCCCCAUGAUGUCGAACUUUUCAUGUUUGCCCAGGUCAACUCGGAGCAUUGUCGCCACAAGGUGUUCAAUUCGUCUUGGAACAUUGAUGGUGUUGAUAAAGACAAAAGCUUAUUCCAAAUGAUUCGCGAGACUCACAAAAACACGCCUGAUUACACCAUCUCGGCUUACAGCGACAACGCAGCCGUCGUGCAGGGCGAGGCGGCCAAUUACUGGUCCCCCGACUACUCGACUGGCACUUGGAAGCUUACACCGGAAAUCGUUCACAUUCUUACCAAGGUCGAGACCCACAACCACCCGACCGCCAUUUCACCCUUUCCCGGUGCUGCCACUGGCUCUGGCGGCGAGAUUCGCGACGAGGGUGCCGUGGGUAGAGGUUCCGUGACCAAGGCCGGUCUUGCCGGUUUCUGGGUCUCUGACCUCCUCAUCCCCGACAACCAUGCUCCUUGGGAAAAGGACAUUGGCCGACCUGCGCACUACGCCAGCAGUCUCGAUAUUAUGCUCGAGGCCCCCAUCGGCAGCGCCCGCUUCAACAACGAGUUUGGCCGCCCAUGCCUUACUGGUGUCUUCCGAACCCUUCUCACCCCUUCCGAUGCAACCGAAUCUACAGAUGCGAAGGAAAUUUCUGAGUGGCGCGGCUACCACAAGCCCAUUAUGAUUGCUGGUGGCUUGGGCACUGUUCGACCUGAGCACGCUCUCAAGGAGCAACGAUUUGUUCGUGACGGAGCUCAUGUCAUUGUUCUCGGUGGUCCUGCCAUGUUGAUUGGUCUUGGUGGUGGCGCCGCCUCGAGCAAUGCCACUGGCGAAAGUAAUGCCGAUCUUGACUUUGACAGUGUCCAGCGUGGCAACCCCGAGAUGGAGCGACGUGCUCAGAUGGUUAUCAACACUUGCUGCAGUCUCGGAGUCGAGAGUCCUAUUGCCAUGAUUCACGAUGUCGGUGCCGGUGGCCUAUCCAACGCUCUGCCCGAGCUUGUCCAGGAUGCCGGCUUCGGUGGCAACUUUGAACUGCGCCAAGUUGAGAGCGCUGAUCGCAGCAUGAGCCCACUCCAGAUCUGGUGUAACGAGGCACAGGAACGCUACGUUCUUCUAAUCAAUGCCGAUGGUAUGAACCGCUUCACCAGCAUCUGCCAGAGAGAGCGAUGCGGCUUCUCUGACGUUGGCACUGUCGUCUCAAAGACCUCCGACGGUGUAAGCAACCUUGUUCUCACCGACCGCGAGUCAAAGCAAUACCCACGACCCAUUGAUCUGCCAAUGAAUGCCCUGUUUCCUCCCAAGAGACAGCUGAAGCGUACGGUCACCUCCAAGAAGCCUACCCUUACUCCUUUCAAUGCCCUGGCAAGCCUAGAGAAAGCCUACGGAACCGGCCUGUCCACGCAAGAACUUUUGUCCAAGGCUGUUGAACGCGUUUUCCACCUGCCUGCUGUUGGUUCCAAGUCUUUCCUCAUCACAAUUGGUGACAGAACCAUUGGUGGUCUGACUGCCAGAGACCAAAUGGUCGGACCUUGGCAAGUGCCCGUCUCGAACGUGGCCGUCACUGCCACCUCUUUCCACAUUGGUGGAAACCAAAAGACCGGCGAAGCCAUGGCCAUGGGUGAAAAGCCUACUAUUGCUCUGAUCGACCCGGCUGCCUCGGCCCGCAUGGCAGUUGCGGAAUCGCUUAUGAACCUCGGUGCUUCUGAUGUCAUGGGUGACCUGCGUCGCGUGAAGCUGUCUGCAAACUGGAUGGCUGCUGUAAACCAUCCUGGCGAGGGUGCCGCUCUCUACGAAGCUGUUCAAGGCGCUAUGGAAAUUUGCCAAGCGCUCAACGUCAGUAUUCCUGUUGGCAAAGAUUCUACAUCUAUGAAGACUGUAUGGAGGAACGGCGAGGAGUCCAAGAGUGUCACUGCUCCAGUCUCCGUCGCCAUCUCGGCCUUUGCGAUUGUCGAGGACUACCAAAAAACUUGGACUCCUCAACUCCGUCGUGUUGAGGAUGUCGGCGAGACUCUUCUCAUGUUUGUGGAUCUGGCCGAAGGCCGCAAGGCCAUGGGCGGCUCUGCUUUGGCCCAAUCUCUCGGAGCUCUUGGCAACGAAGCGCCGGACAUGAAGAACUUUGAUCUCAUUACAGAUUACUAUGAUGCUCUUGAUCAGCUUCAUAAGAGUGGAGUUGUUCUAGCUUAUCACGACAGAUCUGACGGUGGUCUCAUUACUACCGUUGCUGAAAUGAUGUUCGCUGGUCGCUGUGGCGUGGACAUCAUGAUGGAUGGUAUAUCCAAGACGGGUAGCCCGGCUGAUAUGAUUGAUGCCCUCUUCAACGAGGAACUCGGCGCCGUCUUCCAGAUUCGGAAAUCUGACGAGACCAAUUUUAAGCGUUGCUUUGCCACUUGCGGUCCGCCCGCGGGCCUCAUUCGCAAGUUUGGCGCUGUCAAGUCCAAGGCCAAGCAGAAUCUUUCUGUCCGCUACGGCGCUACUCCGUUUGCUACCCUCGAUCGUGUUGAGAUCCAGAAGUGGUGGAGCAAGACUUCGUAUGCCAUGCAGCGCCUACGUGAUACUACUGCCGGUGCUGAUUCCGAGUUUUCUCUCAUCGAUGACAAGGAAGACCCUGGUAUCUCGUACAAGCUCAGCUUUACCCCGUCUGAGAACAUUCUGCCUCUGACCAAGUCCAUUACUGGCAUGUUCAGUAAGGCUCCUCGCGUUGCCAUCCUUCGCGAGCAGGGUGUUAACGGGUACGCCGAGUUGGCAUACUCAUUCCGCGCCGCCGGCUUCGAGGCCGUUGACCUUCACAUGACUGAUAUCCUCGGCGGCCGUACCCUGGCUGACUUUGUCGGACUGGCCUUGCCUGGAGGUUUCUCCUACGGUGAUGUGCUCGGUGCCGGAAACGGCUGGGCUCAGUCGAUCCUGAUGAACAAGACGGCCGGCGGCGAGUUUGCCGCCUUUUUCAGCCGCCCCGACACGUUUGCGCUCGGCAUCUGCAACGGCUGCCAAAUGCUCACCCGUCUCAAGUCCCUCAUCCCCGGCACGGAGCACUGGCCCAACUUUGUCGACAAUGCGUCUCAGCAGUUUGAGGGCCGCGUAAGCAUGGUGCGCGUGCAAGUCGACGAGUCCAAACCCUCAGUCUUCUUCCAUGGCAUGAACGGCUCCUCUCUCCCCGUUGCCGUCGCCCACGGCGAGGGUCGCGCGCUGUUUGGCUCGCCCAACUCGUACCAGCACCUCUCCGACGCCGGCAUGAUUCCGAUGCGCUACGUCGACAACCGUCUCAACGUGACAGAAAAGUACCCCUACAACCCCAACGGCAGCCCUGGUGGCAUUGCAGGUGUGCAGAGCAAGGAUGGACGAUUCGUGGCCAUGAUGCCUCACCCGGAACGUACCAUCAUGGCCGGUAUCGCCAGUUAUAUCCCGGAUGGUGCUGCUGAGACGUGGGGCGAGUUUGGGCCUUGGGUUCGUCUCUUCCGCAGCGCCCGUAGAUGGGUUGGCUGA